UCUGUCUGCGUUCCACGGGUUUUGGACGAAAGGAAGAUCAGAAUAGUGUAACGUCGGGCUGUGUAACCACCAAGCAUGGCCGAUGUAGACUUGAAUGGGGGAAAUGCAUCUCUUUCCAGCUCCUCAACCUCGGCGCAAAGCUCUAACCCUCUGUCUAGGAAGCUCAAUAAGAUCCUGGAGACCCGACUGGAUAAUGACAAGGAAAUGCUAGAAGCUCUUAAAGCCCUCUCCACGUUUUUCACUGAAAAUAGUUUGAGAACUCGGAGAAAUCUACGAGGGGAUAUAGAGAGGCGCAGCUUAUCUAUAAAUGAAGAUUUUGUGGCCAUUUUUAAAAAGGUUAAAGAGGAGCUUGAAAGUAUAAAUGAAGAUGUGCAGGCAAUGAAUAGUUGCUGUCAGGACAUGACAGGUCGGCUGAAGGCAGCAAAAGAACAGACUCAAGAUCUGAUUGUGAAGACAACAAAGCUUCAGGCAGAAAAUCAGAGACUAGAGGUUCGAGCACAAGUUGCAAAUGCCUUCUUAGACAAGUUCCAGCUUACGUCGGAUGAAAUGAAUAUACUCCGCGGUAGUCGAGAAGGACCUUUAACUGAGGACUUUUUCAAAGUACUGGGUAAAGUUAAGCAAAUACACAACGAUGUAAAGUUACUACUGCGUACAAACCAGCAGACUGCAGGCCUUGAAAUUAUGGAGCAGAUGGCACUCCUUCAAGAAACCUCUUAUGAACGGCUUUACAGAUGGGCACAAAAUGAGUGCAGGACACUGACCCAAGAAUCCUGUGACAUUUCUCCAGUUUUGUCUCAAGCAAUGGAUGCCCUGCAGGACAGGCCUGUAUUAUAUAAAUACACCCUGGAUGAAUUUGGUACAGCCCGAAGGAGCGCAGUAGUCCGUGGGUUUAUUGAUGCGCUCACAAGAGGUGGGCCAGGUGGUACCCCUCGACCUAUAGAAAUGCAUUCUCAUGACCCUUUAAGGUAUGUGGGAGAUAUGCUGGCCUGGUUGCAUCAAGCUACUGCAUCUGAGAAGGAGCACCUGGAAGCACUUUUGAAACUUGUAAACAUUCAAGGGGUUGAAGACAAUAUCCAGGAGGUAGUCGGCCACAUCACAGAGGGUGUCUGCAGACCACUAAAGGUUCGCAUUGAGCAAGUGAUCAUCGCAGAGCCAGGCGCUGUUUUGCUGUACAAAAUCUCCAAUCUUCUGAAAUUCUACCACCACACAAUAAGUGCUAUUGUUGGCACGAGUGCAUCCACCUUACUGACCACAAUUGAAGAAAUGCACUUAUUAAGCAAAAAAAUAUUCUUUAAUAGCCUGAGCCUGCAUGCGAGUAGACUGAUGGACAAGGUGGAGCUGCCUCCUGCAGAUCUCGGACCAAGUUCUGCACUGAAUCAAACGCUCGCCUUGUUACGAGAAGUUCUGGUUUCUCAUGACUCCUCUGUUGUUCCACUUGAUGCGCGUCAAGCUGACUUUGUUCAGGUUCUCUCUUGUGUGCUGGAUCCGUUGCUGCAGAUGUGCACUGUGUCUGCCAGUAAUUUAGGCACAGCUGACAUGGCCACAUAUAUGGUGAAUUCCCUCUACAUGAUGAAGACAACGCUGGCUCUGUUUGAGUUUACUGACAAGCGGCUGGAGAUACUGCAGUUCCAGAUUGAAGCACAUAUGGAUACUCUUAUCAACGAACAGGCCUCUUUUGUGUUAACAAGGGCAGGACUGAGUCAGAUAUACAGCUGUGUACAGUACCACAGACCUGAGCAGGGGCCAUUAACAAACUUACCAAGCAUGGACUCUGUAUCACUGAAGGCGGCAAUGGUGCAGUUUGAUCGUUACCUUUCAGCUCCUGACAACCUGCUCAUGCCACAGCUUAACUUCUUCCUGAGCGCCACAGUAAAGGAACAAAUUAUUAAACAAUCUACAGAGCUGGUUUUUCGAGCGUAUAAAGAAAUCUAUGAAGCCGUUAUGAAUCCAGCCAAUGGAUACAAGGAACCCACAAGCAUUCUUCAUAGAUCUCCACAGCAAGUUCAGACACUACUGUCUUAAAAACUUUUUCCUACCCUGAACACGGUUAUGUACAAUAAAAAAUACAUUUGAUUAUGAUUGUCAGCGCUGUGUAUAUGAAAUUAUUACUCCAGGCUUUCGGUACCCUAUCUCUGACCAUGGUUAUUUUUUGAAGCUUCUGCGAUGUUUAUGAAUACACAGGACUGUGAACUAUUUUCACGUAAGGUACCGAAAAAGGUUCUUUACAGUAAAAAGAAUAAAGAUAUGGAAUUCACCUCCCAAAA